AUGUCAAAGGGAAACUUACUAAAGAAGAUCAAGGGGAGCCCUAUCGAAAAGGAUACAUUUGUUCUUCCAUAUGAUAUCCUUUUCGAAAUCCUUAUUAAGGUACAAGUUGCAUCUCUGUUACGUUUUAAAUCUAUUUCUAAAUCAUGGAACGCUUUAAUUUCUGAUGUUGUAUUCACGAAAGCUCACCGUGAUCUAUCCAAAAUGCUAGGAUGUGAAAAACUUUUGUUAAGAAGAAGUACUGGCGAGUUCGACUUUGUAAACUUGAAAAAUAGUAAUAAAAUUACAAUAGAAAAGCAACUAUUUCCUCCAAAAGGAUUCCUAGGUGCUAAUGUCUUAUGCUCAUGUGAUGGCUUGGUACUAUUGAAGAAACCUAAGGCUUAUAAGAAAUUUGUUUUGUGGAAUCCAUCAUCUGGAGAACACCGGAUUCUUGAGUGUCCAUAUAUGAAACCUCAUGGAUACACAUAUCUUUAUGCUUGUGGGUUGUGUUAUGAUUCUACCACCAAUGAUUACAAGGUUAUAUUGAUUUAUUGGUUAUUUUAUGCUAUGUACUCUACGAGUAAGGAUUCUUGGACGACGAAAACUACUCCCCGUGUAUUACAACAAUGUCUCUAUGAGUCUGAACUAGCACUUAAUUCAAGAUCAUAUAUGUGCAGUCAGGGAAUUGCCAAUAAAAAUCGUGUAUAUUGGUCUGUGAAUCAGAAACUUAACUAUAAUGUACGUAAAACUUGUGCAUUCAUAGACUUUGACGUGACGUUGGACGAAUUUAAAGAGUUUCCGAUACCAACUUCUACCAGUGACCAUGAGAACUUUUUUCGUUUGUCUACUUUGAAAGGUCGCCUUAGUGCAUACGGCGGCAACGGUUAUUUUAAUGAGUUGAACAUCUGGAUCAUGAAACAAGAUGGCUGGAAAUGGUUAAUGAGCAUUUGCAACAUACCAACCUUUUAUUCUGAGCCUUCUUUCAGUAAUUAUAAGCUUUUGUGUUGCACGGAGAAUGAUGACCUUAUCUUUCAAGGACCAAAGCAUCACAUUCUUUCCAUCUAUUGUACUAAACAAAAACAAUUUGUUAGUACAACUUAUAUAUCAAAUCAUCUCGAGUAUGUGUUUUGUCCUGUAGAUCCAAUAUGUUUGGAUAGCUUAUAUUUUCCCAAGCUCAAUGUCACGCGUAAGAGGAAACGACGCAGUACUCCAUCAGAAUGA